UCGUGGGUAAGGAAGGAAUAAUCUGCGGUUGUUAUACAAUUUGCGAAGCUUUUAGGGUUUGGAUGAACUGGGGGAAGAGAUAGAGGGGCGGAGUGCAAAUAAUGAGCGGCGAAUGGGACUAUAAAAGGGCGUUCGAGUCCCGGGGUGUGGCGGAAUUGCCGUUUUGAGCGACUGUACGGUACGUCAAUGGAGAGCGAGGGUUUCGACGUGGAGGAGUGGGACGCUGACUUCCUGGACCAGCUCGUGCAGGCGGAGGAACUAGCGUUGUCAACUCAGGCUUCUCUCCAGCAGCAGUAUCCAUGUGUGCCGCCGGAACCGCCGCGGCCGCCGGUGUGUGACGUCAGCUAUUCGCCUCCUCGAGAGCUCUCUCAGCGAGUCCCGGAAGUCCCCUGUGCGGGGGGAGGUAUUGAUUCUUUUGAUGCUUUUGCGCCUCGCGAGACCAACUCUGCCAAGCAGCAGGAGAUUGAUAGGCUCAAGAAGGAGCUCGAUCGCGUUUCUAAGCAGCUCAAUGAUCUGGAGCAGGAAUGCUCAGAAGUUAAACGGGCAAGGGAUGAAAAGGAGGAGCAGCUAAAAGUUAUACAUUCACGGAUCGAAGCUGAAGCGAAAGAUGCUGAGUUUCAUCACACAGAAAGCACAUCGACGGACCGCUUGAUGGCUCCUGGGAGUUCUGCAGCGUGCCAGAAUGCUAAUUUAUCAAACAAUCAAGGACAAAAUGUAGGCCAUGAUGCAGUGGGGAUACAUUCCGAUAAAGCCACUGAAGAGAGCAGCUCAACUGGGCAAAAUGGCUAUUGUGUAUCUGAAAAGUUGAUCAAUCUGUGGAACUCACACGACCGAGAACUGGGAAAAGUAUUGGUUACAAAGUUGUUUGCAACUUGCGAAGCAGAUUUUCAAGUGCUGUUUGGAUACUUAAACUCUCCUCCAAAUAAUUCUGACAUGGUGCUGGCAAUUAAACAAUCUCCUGCUCAAUCCAUAGAAGCUGCAAAAGUAUCACAUUUAUACUCUGUAUUGUCCUUGAUAAGUAAUGGUGCCUCAAGAUUGGAGAAUUUGUUAGAAGCUUUAGUAGAUCUUUGCAAUCUGCAGAAUGUGGUUAUCAUUCAAAGAUCUCUCUGUGUCCUGCGGACGACUUUGAGCAAUUUCUUCACUAUGAAAAAAGAGUUUGGUCAAAGGGAAAAUGUUUUGUUUGAAGAAUCUUCCGCUGGAGACACUGUAGUCGAUGUGAAUGGAUGUGGAAAUUUGGAAAACAAAAACCAAUAUAUCAAAAAUCUAGCACAAAUAUUUAAGAAGGGCCAGAUUCCUGAUGGAGUGAAUUUCUUGAACAAUGAAAAUCCUGGCCGUGGUUUGUUUGAUCAUAGUUUCAGCACAUCUAUGUCUGUCACUUUUUGGGUUUCUUUAGUUGAGCGCAUGUGUCAAAUUGCUGUUAGCAACAAUAAAGAACAAAUACGGCAUGAGGUGCUUUUGAUCGUGAAUUUGAUUUUGAUGAGACAGAAUGGCUAUAUGGAAAGAGACAAGUUUGCUAGGGAAUUAGUAUUUCAAAGUUUAUCCCAAUUAUUGAGGAGAGAAGCUGGAGUUUCUGUGCAAAUCCAAGCUGUUCAUGCAGUUCAUCUGCUAUGCAACUGUCCUAAAGUUAUAGCUAUGCUUUCCUCUGGUUCUAAAGAAGAUAGAGAUCUUUCAAGCUCCAAGGAUAUCGAUGAGAAUAAUUAUUCUACUUUCCAAGAAUUGAACAAUAUCUUAACUGGCUUCGCUGACUGCUUGGCUUGCUAUGGAAGUUCAACUGCAGAGGAGAUGGUGCUACGAAGAAAUGCCAUUAUUUUUCUAGCUUUUUUAGGAUCGUCCGGAAGAUCUGGAUUUGAAAUUUUGCUACAUUUUCAGCUCCCAAAGGGCACACAUUUCCUUCAAAUCAUUUUGCAAAGCUUAACAUCAGAUUUGGAUCUCCAGGCAUCAAAGCCUACGCCAAGACCAGUCCUCCAUGAACAGUGGCUGCUCAUUCGGGAGGCGCUUAUUUUUCUGAACCGGCUCGUAUCACAUCCUCAGUACUCCGUCCCAGUCUUACAAGCAUUAACAAACACAAGAGAAAUGGCGAGCAUGACCGUGGACAUAGCCCACAGAUUGACCCAAAAAAGCAAGAUAUCCUGGCAGGACGAAAUCACAAGAAAGCAAACUAGGGAAUACGAGCUCGUGGACUUGGCUUGGGUCUUCAAGAAGAGAGUUUUUGCAUUCUUGGGAGACAACAUAUCAUGAUCAAACCGAGUCCAUCGAGCAUCAUUCCACAGCCAAUCAACCACCCAUCCUGUAUGUAUUUAGCCGCCAUUUACCCCC